CCAAUUUACCUUAUUUGUGAUAUUUGGCAUGGGACUUUAAAAAUGAGUUUAAACCGCUUUUUUAUUUAUUUAAAUCUUUAACUUUUUGUUUUGCCUAUUUUCCUAUACAUUCACUUUUUUUUUCCUUCUAGAAAACAUGAGUACAUUAGAUCCUGUCAUCUCUUCUGGAGCAGAGCUUAUUGCGAGUACUUUAAAAACCCAAGGUGUUGAAGUCAUUUUUGGUAUUGUAGGUAUUCCCGUUGUUGAAGUCGCUGAAGCGUGCGUAUCAGCUGGUAUUCGAUUUAUCGGAUUUCGUAACGAACAAUCAGCCGCUUAUGCGGCAUCUGUUUACGGUUUUCUCAGCGGCAGACCAGGUGUAUGUUUGAGCGUAGGUGGUCCUGGUGUGGUUCAUGCACUCGCUGGCUUAUUAAACUCUAAAAUCAAUUGCUGGCCUCUCGUUUUAUUAUCAGGCUCUUGUGAUACUGAUCAAGUUGACAAAGGUGCCUUUCAAGAGUUAGAUCAAGUAGAAGCAUGCAGACAAUAUUGUAAGUAUGCUGCUCGACCUAGCUCCGUUGAGCAAAUACCAUUUGUGAUUGAGAAGGCCUUAAGAACGGCCUUUUACGGUAGACCGGGCGCUACGUACGUUGACUUACCUGCCGAUUUUAUCCAAUAUCCUAUUCGUAACAAGCAAGUCUUGGAAUCUAUUCAAGUUCCCAAGGUGGCAAACCCUCCCAAGUCAAUGGCCGAUCAAUCCAAUAUCAACCAAGCUGUGGAGUUAUUAAAGAAUGCAAAAAACCCUCUGAUUGUUAUCGGUAAAGGAGCUGCUUAUGCCCGUGCCGAAAAGGAAAUCGGUCAAUUAGUUGAAAAGACAAAAGCUCCCUUUUUGCCUACACCUAUGGGUAAAGGUGUUUUAUCGGACACACAUCCUUUAUGCGUUUCAGCAGCACGUUCAAAGGCAUUGAAAGAAGCCGAUGUAGUCUUGUUAAUUGGAGCACGAUUAAACUGGAUUUUACAUUUUGGAGAUUCACCUCGUUGGGCUCCUAAUGUCAAAUUUAUUCAAAUCGAUAUCGCGCCAGAGGAACUUGGCAAUAAUAAAUACACACUUCCUUUGUUAGGUGAUAUUCAAUUAGUCGUGUCACAAUUGUCGCAUGCCAUUGGUAACCUUCCACAUUUGAACUCCACGUAUGUCUCUGGUUUGCUUGACAAGGUCAAGGCAAAUGCCGAAAAGAUCAAGCAAAGUGGAUCCAAAGGCUCCGAUGAUGCUAUCUUGAAUUAUCAGACUGCUUUCAGCGUCAUCAAGAACACACUACCCGAGAAGGAUAUUGUUUAUGUGAGUGAGGGUGCGAAUACGAUGGAUAUCGGAAGAUCAUUUUUUGAUGUGAGCGAGCCUAGACAUCGACUUGAUGCAGGCACUGGUGCUACAAUGGGUGUAGGCAUGGGCUAUGCUAUUGGCGCACAAUCUUACUAUGGAUCAUCAAAACGAGUAGUUUCAAUCGUAGGUGAUUCGGCAUUUGGUUUCUCUGCCAUGGAAUUAGAAACUGCUAUUCGAUCCAAGUUGCCACUUUUAAUCAUUGUCAUUAACAACAACGGUAUCUACCAUGGAUUAACUGAUGAUGAAUACCAAGCAUCGCAAAAGGAUGGCACUUUGCCUACCACCGCACUCUCUCCCGAAACCAGAUACGAAAUGAUCUCCCAAGCCUGUGGAGGUAAGGGCUGGUUUGUUAAAAAUAGAGUGGAAUUAGCCGCUGCAGUGAAAGAAGCUUUGGAUGCCAAGGAUCAAACUUGUGUCAUUAACGUAUUGAUUGCCCCUGGUGGAAGAAGCAAAUUGGAUUUUGCUUGGAUGCAAAAAGAGAGUAAAGCUAGAUUAUAAGGUAUAGAAGGACUGUUUAUUUUAAUGUCACAUAAAUAAAAAUCUGUCUUUUUUUUUGAGUUGGGACAGUAUAACUUC